UGUGUUAACCUGCCCAUCAUCGGAAGACGUUGAAUGAAACCCGCUGCUGUUUCAGCAGUACAUAUAAUUUGUUUUUCUCUUGAAAUUAUUAAUUUAUAACAACAUAAAUAUGUCUGAUCCUGAGGAUGAUUUCAUGUGUGAGGAAGAGGAAGAUUAUGGACUGGAGUACUCGGAGGAUUCAAACUCAGAACCAGACGUUGAUUUGGAGAAUCAAUACUACAACAGCAAAGCACUGAAGGAGGAUGAUCCCAAGGCGGCAUUAGCAAGUUUUCAAAAGGUUCUUGAUCUUGAGAAUGGGGACAAAGGAGAAUGGGGAUUUAAGGCACUCAAACAAAUGAUAAAGAUUAACUUUAAAUUGAAUAAUUACAAAGAGAUGAUGGCCAGGUACAAACAAUUGUUGACGUACAUUAAGAGUGCUGUUACGAGAAAUCACUCUGAGAAGUCGAUAAACUCGAUCCUGGAUUACAUUAGCACUUCGAAAAAUAUGGAAUUAUUGCAAGACUUCUACGAAACCACACUGGAUGCUCUCAAGGAUGCUAAGAAUGAUCGAUUAUGGUUCAAAACAAAUACGAAGCUGGGAAAAUUAUACUUUGAUCGGUCAGAUUUUAAUAAGUUAGCAAAAAUAUUGAAACAAUUGCAUCAAAGUUGCCAGACUGAUGAUGGGGAAGAUGACUUGAAGAAAGGUACACAGUUGUUAGAGAUUUACGCUCUAGAGAUUCAGAUGUAUACAGCACAGAAGAACAAUAAGAAAUUGAAGACACUUUAUGAACAGAGUCUGCAUAUUAAAAGUGCCAUUCCACAUCCACUCAUUAUGGGAGUAAUUAGAGGUAUUGAACAACAAACUACUUCAUUGCAACAUAAAAAUGGAAGAACGACUUUAGUGGAACAUAAAGUCUUAAUAUCUCAGCUGAUUAUCGAAAAAACCAGUAAUGUUAAAAAAUAUUCAAAUAAUACAUUCCAGACUCUUUUGUUCCACUAAAAAAUUGCUCCGAGGAGGGUCAUUUGGCAUUGUCAGAAGGAAUUGCUUGUUAUGAAGAUAAUUUCUGCAUCAAAUGGGGUAAAACUGUAAUAUGUAAAAAAUGACAUCUUGCUCGAGUAUGCAAUUGUCUCAGGCGCGAAUAAUUUUAGAAUGAAGUAUUGUGAACGUUGCUUACAGUCUAAAAAAUUUCCGACAGAGCAGUCUUUCAAAGCACUGGAUCAAAAUCAUUUAUUUCCGAGCUAAUGGGUUAAUUAAAAAUGUUUAUUCAAAACAGCAAGGAUUAAACAAAUUUUUGUUGUUUUUCAACUAAUAAAAAGAGUAAACUUCUUCAGGUUGAUAAAAGUGUUUAUCAACCCACCAAAGUUAAUGGUUCUGGAAUAAAAAAUAUAAUAUGUA